AAAAAAAAAUAAAAGGCGACGGCCAUCAACGACGAUGAGUCUCUGUCCACAUCCAGCAUGCCGAUCCAUGGCAUUGCAUACCCUCAGACGAGUCGAAGCUCGCGCCAAAUCGCCGCCUAGCGACUCACUUCGCCUGAUUUCGUCUAUUGCAAGUUCCAGGCCCAAGAGCAAUGCAGAGCGCCUUUCGAGCCGUAGGUCAGCAUGGCCGCCUCGUUUGCACGACCAACAACGCUUUUUGGCUACGCAAGUAUCUGGAAAUUCACUUGAACCGGCCGCCGGAGGGAUGCAUACCAAUGCAGACCAAGCAGAGGACGAUUUCGAUGUGGUCAUCAUCGGCGGAGGCCACGCAGGCUGUGAAGCAGCUGCAGGCUCGGCUAGAGUAGGCGCACGAACACUGCUACUCACACAGAGACUCGACACGAUUGGCGCGCUCAGUUGUAAUCCGUCCAUUGGCGGGAUAGGCAAGGGAACGCUCGUGCGCGAAAUCGAUGCUCUCGAUGGCCUCAUUGGUCGUCUGGCCGAUAAAUCGGCCGUACAGUUCAGAGUACUCAACAGAUCAAAGGGUCCCGCCGUACAUGGACCGCGAGCUCAGAUCUCAAGAACGCUCUACAAGCAGCACAUGCAAGAGACCCUCAACGCCUAUUCCAAUUUAUCACUUCGGGCCGGUAGCGUCGAUGACUUGAUACUCGACGCGCCCACUCGACCAGGAUCAGCAGGUCGCGUUAUUGGCUUACGAUUAGAGACUGGUGAAGUUAUCAGGACCAGGCAUAUCGUCAUCUCGACGGGCACUUUCCUGGGCGGCCAUGUACACAUUGGUCUCGAAUCGACACCUUUUGGCAGGUUGGGCGAAAGAGCAUCCAAUGCGCUCUCUGAUUCACUUCGCCAAGCUGGUUUCGCACUGUCGAGACUGAAAACGGGCACACCUCCUCGGAUCGACGGACGGACAGUCAACACUGCCAUACUGGGCCGUCAAGAUGGCGAACGACCUGCUACGCCGUUCUCGUACCUCUCUGAAGGGCCCCUACCCAAUGAAGAUCGACAGCUACCUUGUUGGCAGACACAGACAACGCUAGCGUCGCACGCGCUCAUAGAAGCAAAUCUAGACAAGACUAUUCACAUUCGAGAGGAAGUCAACGGGCCGAGAUACUGCCCCUCGCUCGAAUCCAAAGUCGUUCGAUUCAGGUCGAAGAACCAUCACGUCGUCUGGCUGGAGCCGGAAGGUUACGAUACGGAUACGGUCUAUCCCAAUGGUCUUUCGAUGACUGUGCCUGCCGACGUGCAGGAAGCUGUACUCAAGACGAUUCCAGGAUUGGAGAAUGUCACGAUGACUCAACCUGGGUAUGGCGUAGAAUAUGAUCAUGUCGACCCAAGGGAGCUUAAUCGCACACUCGAGACAAAGAAGAUACAGGGUCUGUUCCUUGCCGGACAAAUCAACGGAACGACGGGCUACGAAGAAGCCGCAGCGCAGGGCAUCGUGGCAGGCAUCAAUGCCGGUUUAUCUGCCGCCCGUGCGCCACCUCUGCUCCUGUCUCGAACGGACAGCUACAUCGGCGUACUCAUUGACGAUCUGACGACGCAAGGCGCUUCGGAACCUUAUCGCAUGUUCACGAGCCGAAGCGAAUAUCGUCUCUUCCUCCGCGCGGACAAUGCCGACAAGCGGCUGACCGAGAAAGGAUCCCUCGCGGGUUGUGUCUCUGCCAGUCGAUACCAUCAUUACUGUGCUGAACAGAAAAGCAUCGACGAGUGUAUCGAGAUGCUACAAUCUAUCGAGCUGUCGCCACACAGAUGGACAGACCUCGGCUUGCCCGUUCGUCUAGACGGCACAUCACGCAGCGCUUUCGACGUUCUACGCCACCAAGGCUCGACGCUGCCACUGCUCACCACAGCACUUCCCCAGAUGAUACAAUAUUCGCCUCGUGUGCUCGCAAGGGUGGCCAUCGAAGCAAAGUACAAGCCUCAUCUCACUCGUCAAUCUGCCGAUGUGGACGCUUUCAUCAAAGACGAACAUAUCUCGCUGGCCGACCGAGUCGACUACGAUCAGAUCCACGGCCUGAGUACAGAGGCCCGCCAGCAACUCUCUCGCUAUCGACCCGCAACUCUGGCCGCAGCUAAGCGUAUGGCUGGCGUGACCUCUGCGAGUGCCAUGGCCAUACUGCGCUACGUCCGUAGCGGCCGCUCGACCGUUGAAGCUGCUUUGUAGGCAUACAUGCAAGCGCGGUACUACAAC